CUCUGUACACAUGGUUGACGUAGAGAAGUCACGGCAACCAUGACACAACAGCGCGGACACACCCAUGGCCAGUCAGUCAGUCAGUCGACCACACAUCGAUGGACACACACACACAUACAUGCACACAGCCGUCCACAUAUCUACACAUCCGCCCCCCUCACCCCCCUCACCCCCUCCCUCAAUCACGCAGAUGCCUGCACGCAUCUGGCUGCUGCUAUCUAUCUGACUCACCCGACUAACUCGCUCAGUGAGUCAAUGAUUUGCUAGUAGACCACUUCGUCGCCGAACACCAGCACGGCAUCGUCGCCCAUCACCUCACGGACAACUCGCAUCGUCCGGGGGAACCGCGCCGCUCCCGCCGCCCCCGCCACCGGCCGCUCGGUCGUGUAGAGGUACCCGUACGCGGAGCUCAGCUCUGCAAAAAUGUUGUGUGCGAGGGUGCUGUGUACGUACACGUGGGCCUCGAAGGCGUCCCCUGGCUGGUCGGCGCAUAGCACGAUCACUCGCCCCACGUCCCCCACUGGCGACCGGCACGUGGCGACCGUGUGGUCGGGCACCUCCUGCUGGACGAGCGCCCUCUCCAACAGAAGAGGAGAGAAGAGGGGUGCGAUGACACUUGUUUGUGGACGCGUCCGUGGGUGAGGCGAUCGUGUGCGUGCGUGUGUUCGACCGACCAGUCGGCGAUAGAGAGUCUGUCUUUCGUCAACGAACUUGUAGGCGACUCGCGACACAACAGGGCCCGACCUCAUGCUAAAUGACCAGACAGACAGACAGAAAUACAGAGAAUGCAUUGUAUGUAUGCAGUGUGUGUUUGUGUGUGGCUUGCUCUCGUUUUAUUUCUGCACAUGGACAACACCGCCCCCCGAAGUGACGCAUAGUACCCACCUGCAAAGACAGAACGCCACACACGAACCAACCGAAGUAUCCAUGUACUGCCACCGCAACUGCCCUCCCUCCCUUCCAACAGCCAUUGCCCACUUACCCAUGUACUCACACACGGGGUUGUUGCGGUCGAAUGAGGCCCAGGAGCGGCUGGGGACCGGCAGCGACAACCGCUCGCCGCCCAGCAGCUCGUGGCCGUCGCUCGUGUGGUCGAGUAUCAUGCUCCUCUGGCCACGGCUGUUGAGGCGGCGACAAAUGAGGGACAGCUGACGGAGCGCCAUACAGCGGCCGUCGAACAGCCCCCGACUGCCCACCCCCUCCACGUCACCACGCCGCAGCACCAUCUUGGGACCGUCGAAGCGGCCCUGGUGGUACGCGACUCGGCAGAUGGGCUUCCACCCCUCCCACUCGCCGCUGUUUCGGAUGACGUACAGGAAGCGCAGCAGCAGGCCGGUGGAGGGCAGAUCGUAGUCGAUGAUGUCGUCGAUGCCCUUGGUGCGCAGCUCAGCGUUGAUGAGUGGCUUGAGGGUGGCGUCGGAGUACUGUCGGCUGGCGAGGCGGCAGGUGGAGCGCAUGGCUGCGAUGCUACUGGCGAGGCUGCCGCCCAGCAGAGGGAAGAGUUUGUCGCGCUCGGCGUCCUCUGUCAUGCCGAACACACCUGGCACCUGAAUGUGCACACAAAGCCGCGACCAAAGAAGACAGUAUUAUAAGAGGCAACCAACAUGCAACCGGGUCUUCUAUGCGGCUGGCUGGUUGUGUGUACCGGUUCUACACGAUUGCCCCGUUCAGGCAGAGGCGUGGUCUCGACGUACACGAAACGCACCUGCACACACGGACAGACAGACAGACAGACAGACAUGGGAUGAUUCCAUCCAUCCAUCCAUCCCCCCAACCCACCCAACAGUGGAUGAGCAUCUCUCUCAAUGUGCACGCACCUGCUGGUCCCGGGGCGAUGUGGUCGUCACGUGCGGAAUCACCACACAGAACUCCUCACCGCUGCCACUGCUAACCUCCUCCUUCAAGGACACCCUCGCCGCCCCGCCACUGGCCACCUCCCGCUUGUACACCUUCGCCUUCACCCAAGCCUCCGGCUGGUCCUCCUUCUUCUUGCCCGACACCAUCCACACAGAAGUGCCCAUCUGGUAGGAAGAAGCCGGGUAGAUGCGCGCGGUGCUUUGCGGCUGUGGCUGUGGCUGUGCCGCUGCAGCUGAUGCCGAUGAUGAUGACGACGAUAGGGGACCGCCCAUGGUCGAGUCAAAAAGCAGACGGCCCGACAUCUCCCUCGAGUCAGCUGUCAGAUCCAGGUGUCAGACGAUGAGUGCGGCGUGAGGGCGGGGCGCUGACCAAAGGGGCGCAGGAGGAACGAGGCUAUGCGAAGGAAUGCGGAAGGGCUGCACAUGCUGCAAUUGCAAUACAUGCAGCACUCCUUCCCGCGCCAAGGCUGAGUUUUCU